AUGGCUGCGCUACAAGUUAUGCGCAAAUUCCCAAUUCAAGAAGUGGUGGAGAGUUCAUGUGAGGGCUUCGUGAUUGCCAAAAUCAACGGCAUCUUUGUAUGCAGCUGCUAUGCAGCUCCACGAUGUACCAUGGAACGGUUCAGCCAUAUAAUGGAUCAGUUAACCGACAAGCUGAAGGCCAGUUGUCAUAGCAGUCGAGCUAACAAGGAGCCGAGGAGCAAUCGGCGUCCAGCUUACUGGUGGAACGAGGGACUCAGUACGCUUCGUGCUGCUUGUCUCAGAGCCAGGAGGCGGGCACAGAGAGCGAGGACGGAACCAGAGAAAGAAGAGCGCAAGGCGGCGUUCCGGGUUGCUAGGACCGCUUUAAAAAAGGCCAUCAAAUGGCCGAUCAAGUUGAAGGAGAUCGUAGAGGGUCUUCUCCCGCAACACGACCCAACCACGUGGCCACCAAUACCGUACGGUGAAGAAGAAGAAACAAACGCUGAGUACCAACAAGUGUCCAAUGAGAAGCUUGCGGAAGCGGCGAAGCGCCUGCAGGCGAAAAAAGCCUCCGGUCCGGAUGGAAUACCGAACGUGGCGCUAAAACCUGCGCUCGUAGCAUGUCCGGAUAUGUUCAGAACAGUGCUGCAGAAGUGCCUGGACGACUUCCCAGAAAUGUGGAAGAUUCAGAAGCUGGUGUUGCUGCCGAAGCCAGGAAAGCCUCCGGGUAAUCCGGCUUCGUACAGACCUAUAUGUCUGUUGGACACACUCGGGAAGCUCCUGGAGAAGAUUAUCCUGAAUAGACUUGCGAAAUGUACGGAGGGCGAGCGCGGACUGUCGAAGAUGCAUUCCAAAGGAAUUCUCAAACAAAUUUCUGGAAGAGUUGCUGAAAAAACUGAGGGAUAUUCCAAGUAA